UGAUGAGUGCUUCUACUAAUCAGAAUCUGCGUCUACACAGCGGAUUUUUCCACCCCACUCUGAGAAAGUGGCAGAGUAGGCUAACGUCGCCCUCUCUAGACAGUCUCAUCUAUCCUCUCUUCGUCACUGACUCUGACACACCCUUAGUGGAGCAGAUCGAAUCCCUCCCUGGCCAAAAGAGGUACUCAGUGGAUGUGCUGGUGGAUCUCCUGAGACCAUUGGUUGAGAAGGGAUUGAAAAGUGUGAUAUUGUUCGGAGUCAUCAACCGUUUGACAAAGACUGCAGAUGCAUUGAGUGCAGACAGUGAUGAAAAUCCAGUCGUCAAAGUGAUCCCAAUCCUCAGAAAAUCGUUUCCAGAUUUACUUAUAUGCUGCGACUUAUGCCUAUGUGCUUACACUUCCCACGGUCAUUGUGGAAUAUUUUCAGAGGACCCAAAUUCGAACGAAAGUUAUAUUGAUAACCAGAAGUCCAUAGAUAGAAUAACAGAAGUGGCUCUGAAGUAUGCUCAGAGCGGGGCACACGUCGUGGCCCCUUCGGACAUGAUGGAUGGCCGAGUCGGGGCCAUAAAACAAAAGUUGAUUGUUAAUGGCCUCGGAUCCAGGGUUGCAGUCAUGGCUUACAGUGCCAAGUUUGCGUCCAGUUUUUACGGUCCAUUCCGAGACGCAGCUAAAAGUGCGCCUUCGUUUGGCGACAGAUCUACUUACCAGUUACCAUGCACAAGCGCAGGGUUGGCUAUGAGAGCGUUGAAACGGGAUGUUGAUGAAGGUGCCGACGUCAUCAUGAUCAAACCAGGUAUGCCUUAUUUGGACAUAGUCAGGAGUGCUCGGGAUCGAUUCCCGGACAUGCCAGUUGCAGUGUAUCAGGUGUCAGGAGAGUACGCGAUGUUGAUGCAUGCAGUGAAUAAAGGAACCUUUGACCUUGAAAAGGCAGUGAUGGAGUCUCUUAUUGCGUUUCACAGAGCUGGAGCCGACAUAGUUAUUUCAUACUUCGUGCCAUUUCUUUUGGAUAAACUUUAGAUUUGCUAAAGAAAGACAAAAUGUUCCAAGAUUUUAGUUUUAUAUUAGUUUCAGUUUUUCCUCAUUUA